AUGAAGUGCUAUAGGGCUAAAGAGAAGGCUGUAAUCGACAUUCAUGGCUCUGAAGAAGAUUCUUACCUGAAACUGCCUGAGUAUUUGCACAUGUUAAAACUUGCGAAUCCUGGAACAAUGGCUGAUAUUGAAACGGAAGUUGAUGAGGAUGGUGAUGAGUGGUUCCUUUAUCUGUUUCUUGCCUUUGGAGCGUCUAUACAAGGUUUUAAGAAGCUACGUGUGGUGCUGGUUGUAGAUGGAACACACUUAGGAGGCAAGUACAAAGGUGUGAUGCUCACGGCAAGCGGACAAGAUGCAAAUUUUCAGAUUUUCCCUCUAGCUUAUGCUAUUGUGGACAGCGAAGAUGAAGAAUCAUGGACUUGGUUCUUGAUGAAGUUGGAGAGGAUAUUAGGUGAUUCUCCGAGGCUUGCGAUCAUAUCUGACCGUGCAGCAUGCAUUGCAACAGCUGUGAAACGUGUGUACCCUUCUGCUAAUCACGGUUACUGCAUUGUUCAUUUGGCAAGAAACGUCAACUCUCGUUACUCAAGCAAAAACUUGGCUAAAAUGGUAACAUCAACCGCAAUGGCUUUCCGUUUGGGAGAUUACAGGGAUCUGUUAAGCAAAGUAAGGUCUCAGAGGAGUGAGUGUGGAGUGUAUCUGGCUAAGAUUGGUUCUGCUCAUUGGUCAAGGGCUAACUUCCUUGGAGACCGCUACAACAUCAUGACUAGUAACAUAGCGGAGCAGCUGAACCAUGCACUCGUGGAGGGGAGAACUUCACCUAUUGUGGAGUUGGUUAUUUUCAUUCAAUGGAUGAUGACAAGGUGGUUUAGUGCAAGGAGAAAGAAGGCGGAAAACCACAGGGGUAUAGUUAGUGUGGAGGUGGACAAGGUGAUGACAAACAAUAUGGCAACGAUGAAGGGGAGUAAAGUGAAUUCUUCUACUGAAUGGAGUUGUGAAAUUAUAGGUAAGUAUGGUAGGAAAGAACAUGUACAUCUUGCCACUAAGCAGUGUAGUUGCAAGUAUUUUGAUAAAAUCAAAAUACCCUGUGGCCAAGCUAUGAUUGCUGCAGACAGUUUGGGAGUGCGUUAUGAGACUUUGGUUGGUCACUAA